AUGUAUUCACCUUUAGAAUUACCAGACGAUGUUCUUGAUUAUCACGGUAAAAAUUUUUAUGAUUUAGUUCGUGAAAAGUGUGGAGAAAUUAUAAAAGAUUUUAUGGAAAUACUCUAUAUUGAUUCUGUCAAAACAUUACUUGGUGUUGAAGAUGAUAUUUUCUCUUUGUUAAAAGAAAAUUGUAACGCUUUAAAACAUAUAAAGGAACAAGCGUGUCUAUGUCUAGAUGAUGGAAAAAUUGUUGUUAAACCAGGUUUACGCCUGGACUUUGAUCGAUUCGUUGAAGCUUUGCGCGUUAAAAGUAUUCAAAGUCACUUAUUACAGUCAACAACAAUAUCUUUCGAUAACAAUUCUUCUUUGUUGAAUACAAUAACAACGUUCAACCAUUUUGAAAAGAAUAAUAAUUCUUUCCUGAACCAGCUAUUCAAUAAUAUUGCAAGUAAUAAAAUAAAAUCGAAGAACAAUUAUCGGUAUAAUGCAAAAGUUCAAAAUUUCGCUCAAGCAUUAUAUAUUAUGGGAGGACGAAAUACAUACGAGUUUUUUCGUUUGAAUCUGCCUGGUGCAGUACCAUCAAUUACUUCAAUUGAUAGUUAUAUUACAAAAGCGGGAGGUACGAUUACAGAGGGGGAAUUUCGAUAUGAUACUCUACGUCAGUUACAAGCUGUCAAUGAUUAUCAACUUGCUAUUUGCUCCGAAGAUUGCACAAGCGUGAUCCAGAAAAUCGUAUAUAAUGCAACUAGUAACACAUUCAUUGGAUUCUCAACACCACUCAAUCACGGAAUUCCUGUGCCUCAAUAUUUUCAAACUGACUCGUACGAGCUGUUGGAAGAAUGGUUCGAGAAUAAUAAUAAAUCAAGUCUUUUAAACGUUCAUAUGUUGGAGUUGCUCAGUGUGUCAAAAUAUAAUUCAUAUCCAUUUCUCUUAGGAGCGUAUGGGAUUACAAGUCAGUUCAAUUCAAUCGAUGUUCUUCGUCGUUGGUUGUGGAUAUUUGAACAAUCUCGACUUUCAAAUAUUCGAAUACUUGUCUUUUCAACUGACUGUGAUGCAAAGUAUUUGCGAGCUAUGAGGCUCAUUACAGAGUUUUUUGCGAAGUUACCUAAUAUACAUGUGAGUGAGCGCAGUGAUGCGUUCGAAGUGAAGUUACCAAAACAAUGGUCUAACUGGUUUUUCAUGCGAACACGACAACUAUGUUUUUGUUUUCAAGAUCCGGUGCACUUGUGCACCAAGAUUCGCAAUCGUCUUCUUUCUCAAUCCGCCUCAUUGAUAAUUGGAGAAGGAAAAGUAUCAACUGAUGUGCUAUUCGAUGUGAUUAACAAUCAGUCCAAGCUAAUUCAUGGACUAGUAAAAACAGAUAUUUAUCCAAAAGACAAACAAAAUUUUGGUUCAUGUAUUAAGAUCUCGAGUGUUGAUGUUUUGUCGGCUCUUGAAGGUGUUUCUGGUUCAUAUGCUACACAAAUCUACUUAAGACUACUACGUAGUAUUAUACUGGCUUACAUUGAAAGAAGUACAUCAAUUCUCAAUCGUUUGUAUCAUAGUUGGUUAACAGUUUUUAUAUGUCGACUUUGGUGGAGUUGGUUGUUGUUAACUGAUGUAGAAAAACUCUCUACUGACUAUCAAGACAAUACGAAAAAUGCAUUUUUUAUCACAAAGGCUGCUUAUCAUUCAAUCGAAAUAAACGCUCACACGUUACUUUCAAUCGUUCUUCUGGUUUGCCAACAUGAUUUGCCUGAAUCUGCUCUAUCUAUAUCCAGUUUUAAUUCACAGACUUGUGAGAAUAUAUUCAGAUUAACACGAUCUAUGUCUGGUACUUUCUCAUCAAAUGUAAAUUUUACAGUUGAUCAAUUUCUACGACGUGCUGGUAAACUGUCUGUCUUGCAAGAUAUUGAAAGACAACAUGAGCAUGAUGAAUCUGGAUGUUCUUUAGAAUUUCCAAAACAUCAUAAACGACGUUACAAAAAAGCUGCAUCACCAAAUAAUCAUUCACAAGAUGUUAGUGAUAAUUUAACACACGAUACUAUUCAAAACGCCAUUUUUCGUGCCUUUAAUGAUGCAUAUAAAAUGUUAUCUGUACUUGAUAUUGAUAAAACAUUAAAAAAGUCACACAAAAGUACUUUGAAUGAAAUAAGUACAUUUGUUCGAGUUCAAAUCGAACGAAAAUCACAUACGACUGAUUAUAGCGAGAACUGGGACGAAUACUCAGAUGAAGAAUCCGAUUCUGAACAAGUAAAUACGUCUGAUGAUUGUUAUGUAAGUACAGAAAGUUCUUCCGAAGAUGAAACGGAAGAGUUACUUUCUAAUUCUAAUCAAAAAGCAUCAGAAUUUAAAGGAAUAAGAAUUUUUAAUGAAAUUUCCAGUUCAAAAGUCAAUUCAUAUUUUCGUAUUAAACACGAUGGGAACAAAAAAUAUAUGCACAAGCAGACUGCUUGCUGGCUCCUCACCGACAAUAAACCCACACUUUCGGCUGAUCGACUUCGUCGUGUUCAGCAAUCAAAGAACUAG